AUGUCGAUGCACCGGAACAAGUCGAGUGCGGGCUUUUCCCUCGACAUCCCGCUCAUCAUGCUGGUUGCCUCGUUCCUAAAGAUUUCGUAUUGGCCCAGCGCGCGUUUUGAGGGGAGUCUCUUGGCGCAGGCCAUACUCAUGGUGUUUGUGCAAGUUGUCCUGCUCAAGAUUGCGCUCGACCACCGCCCGCCGCCGUCCUCGAGGGGCGGUGAUGCCGCUAUCCCGUUUGCUGGCGCCGUAGAGCCCCGAUGGGCGCAGCCCUGGACUAGACCGUACAACUUUUGGCAGUGGCGAUCGCCCAAACCGUACUGGAACUUUUUGCUCUACCUUUCCGUCACCCUCUUCGUCUGCGAGUUUCUGCUUUCGCCUUUUUCCAGCGUGUAUACGGGCUACGCGACUCUCCUCGGCUACCUCGGCCUCGCGAUCGAGGCUACGCUCCCGAUCCCGCAGAUUCUAGCCAACGCGAGCCGGCACGAUCCAUUGGCGUUCAAGAUGUGCGGCAUCUUCCAGGCAUGCUGCGAUGCGUUCCUCGGAGUCCAGUACCUCAUGUAUGGAGAGGAGAAGCCGGAAGUAGUCAAGGAUCACGUCAUCAUGGAGGAUAUGCCAGGGCUCCCCGACUCGCUCGGCGGGUCGCGGCUGGCCAAGGUGUCUUCCACAGAGAACUGGGAGAAAUGA